UUAAAGGUAAUAAAAAAAAGAAAGUUCCUCGGUCAUAUAGAAUGUCUGUAAAAUAUAACUUGAAGCGUGACAAUAAGUUCAUGAUUAAUUCUUUUUUCAACCCUAGACUCUUAUUUCCAAUUUUACUAUAAAUAAUCGCAGUCGUAAAAGUGUAGACAGUGUCAACCAGACCUCAAACAAGCAAGUACCUCCAAAAAUAUUCAGAGACCGAUACACAAGAUACAAUGUUCCGUUUCAUCGCCAUUGCUGCUUGUGCACUCGCUGUCACUUCUUCGCACCCUUCUCACGAAGACUCAUCAGCGGAAGGUUCCUACCAUCAUUAUGGAGGUGCCUCUGGAGGUUUCGGCCACUCUGGCUCUUAUUCCGGCCAUGGCUACGCCACUGGCGCUGAACUCACCAGCCUAGCCCACACUUCCGCCCUUCAAGCCAACUCCGCGGCUCAAAACCAAAUCACUGCAGGCAACCAAGCCGCCUAUGGCAUCAAAAGUACUCUAGCUCAAGCGGCUCAAGGCGCUGCAACCACCGCUCAAGCUGCUCUCGUCGGCAAGCAAGUCUUGGUUCAAGAAUUGCACCACCAAGUUCAAGCAGCUCAGCAGCAGCUCCAGGCCGAAAUCGCUCAAUACAACAGCGCCCAACAAACUGCUCAAGCUUCCCAAGAGGCCAAUCAGCAGGCUCAGCAACAAGUCAACACUCUGAGUGCAGCGCUCGCCGCGGCUCAAGCCACUGCCGCUCACACCAGUCAAGCUGCAGCAGGAGCUUCCAGUUCUGCAGCCUCUCAACACGCUAUGGUGACCGAUGCUAAAACGAGAAUUGCUCAGUUGACUCAGCAAUUGGAGGCUGCUAUCGCCGACUUGCAAGAUACUGAAGCCGCCGCUCAGAAAGCGGCAGCGGCUGCUCAUACGGCUCAGGCUAAUGCUGCAGCUGCGGCUAAUGCUGUGGCGUUGGGUGCUAAGGGACAUGGACAUGGGGGGGCUGGAAAGUUUCACUAACGGGGUCAAGAGAUCAAGACUUGUAUUUGUAGUUUAUCUCAUUUAUAUA